AUAUUCCCCUCAUCCAAACGCUCUGCAAGUGACACACCAGUACACAAUCCUCAAGUAACACAACACCAGCACACAUCAUGCGGCUAAUCAUCAGAGACGAUCCGCAAGCGGCAUCCAAAUAUAUUGCAGACUAUGUUAUUGAGCGCAUCAAGACCUUCAACCCUACUGAGGAGAGACCCUUUGUUCUCGGCUUGCCAACGGGAAGCAGUCCCGUACUGAUCUACGAACAUCUCGUUCAACGCCACAAGGCUGGCGAAAUUUCGUUUCGAAAUGUGAUUACCUUUAACAUGGAUGAGUAUGUUGGCAUCCCACGUGAUCACCCGGAGAGCUACCACAGCUUCAUGUACAAGCACUUCUUCUCCCAUGUCGACGUGAAGCCAGACAACAUCAACAUCCUCAACGGAAACGCACCCGAUCUGGAAGCUGAAUGUCAGGAUUAUGAAGACAAGAUCCAGCGUGCUGGUGGCGUCGAACUCUUUCUUGGCGGCAUCGGACCUGAUGGGCACAUUGCCUUCAACGAGCCAGGCUCCAGUUUAAAGUCCCGCACGCGCGUAAAGACGCUUGCAUAUGAUACGAUCCUGGCCAAUUCGAGGUUCUUCGGAAAUAACCUGGACCAAGUGCCUCGCAUGGCAUUGACGGUUGGGGUCCAAACAGUACUCGACGCACGCGAAGUUGUCAUCAUCAUCACCGGCGCACACAAAGCAUUGGCUCUCCAGCGCUGCAUCGAGGGCGGUGUGAAUCACAUGUGGACGCUCUCUUGUCUGCAGAUGCACCCGCACCCCCUGAUCGUCGUCGACGAAGACGCCACCUUGGAACUGCAGGUCAAGACAGUCAAGUACUUCAAGAGCAUCGAAAUGGUAGGGAACGAGCUAGGGAUGCGCCAGAAGCUUCCCAGAAAGCGUGACUCGCUCGUGGACGAGGGUACCUUGCUAGCCCCCGAGUCCCAGAAUAACGGUAUCAGGUUGACUGUGCCGCAAUUCGAUGUUUCUCGUUCAGCAAGCCCAGUCCUGGAGCCAAUGAGCGCUCGCUUGUCGGACGAAGACGUCAGCGCAUUGCGUUCCGUGGAAUUGGAUGAAAUCGCAGAUCAACCCUCGGUCCGAAUGAGCGCUCGCGUCGUGGGCUGAGUUGAACAAGCUUGUUAGGACUUGCUGUGCAGAAGUUAGCAAGAGAGUGCAACUUCAUCUUCAUUUCUUUAGAGGCCCCUGGGCCGGUUUCCAGGUUAUCAAGGCAUCGUUCGCUUUAGCAUUAGACUGUGGGGGAUAGGGGGAUACAAACAGGCUGAGUUGACCC